AGAUCGACGCUGGUGUAGCUAUUGCUAACAUUAUUGACCAGAGCAUUAGCUAGCGAGCCCAAUAAAUUUGGUAGCUAAUACCGCCUAUUCCGCCACGUACCGACGCCCGUUCCCGCAGAUGGCACCACCCUCGCACUGCCACACCAUCAAUGGCGGUGCCCCACGGAAUGGUGCCAUCCCGGAGGUGGAGACGACGACGUCGACGCCGGCGGCGUCAGAUACCGCGCUACUGCUCGACGCUGACGAGUUCCGGCGGCUCGGCCACCAGGUCGUCGACUUCAUCGCCGACUACUACGCCGGCCUGGGCGACUACCCCGUCCACCCAAGCGUCACUCCCGGCUUCCUGCGCCGCCAGCUCCCCGCCGACGCGCCGUCCCGCCCGGAGCCCGAGGCGUUUGCGGCGGCGCUGCGGGAUGUCCGCGACCUCAUCCUGCCUGGCGUGACGCACUGGCAGAGCCCUCGCCACUUCGCGCACUUCCCGGCGUCGAGCAGCACCGUCGGCGCCCUCGGCGAGGCGCUCGCGGCCGGCAUCAACGUCGUGCCUUUCACGUGGGCGGCCUCGCCGGCCGCCACCGAGCUCGAGAUGGUGGUCGUGGACUGGCUCGGCAGGGCGCUGCACCUGCCGGAGAGCCUUCUGUUCGCCGGCGGAGGCGGCGGCACGAUCCUGGGCACGUCGUGCGAGGCCGUCCUCUGCGCGCUCGUCGCCGCGAGGGACCGGAAGCUGGCGGAGAUCGGCGCGAGGAGGAUCGGCGACCUCGUCGUCUACUGCUCCGAUCAGACCCACUUCGCGUUCCGCAAGGCCGCGCGCAUCGCCGGGAUACCGCGGGAGCACUGCCGCGAGAUACCGACGUGCCGCGACGACGUGUUCGCGCUCUCGCCGACCGCGCUGCAUGCCGCCAUGCAGGCCGACGUCGACGCCGGGCUGGUCCCCUUGUUCCUGUGCGCCACGGUGGGCACCACCCAGACGACCGCCGUGGACCCCGUCCGCGAGCUCUGCGCCGUCGCGGCGCGCCACGGCGGCGUGUGGGUGCACGUGGACGCGGCGUACGCCGGGUCGGCGCUGGUGUGCCCGGAGUUCCGCGACGUGAUCGCCGGCGCCGAGGCCGUCGACUCGCUCAGCAUGAACGCCCACAAGUGGCUCCUCGCCAACAACGACUGCUGCGCGGUGUGGGUGGCGGCGCCGUCGGCGCUGGUGGCGGCGCUGGGCACGGAGCAGGAGUACAUCCUCAGGGACGCGGCGGCGGAGGGCCACGACGUCGUCGACUACAAGGACUGGGGCACCACGCUGACGCGGCGGUUCCGCGCGCUCAAGGUGUGGCUCGUGCUCCGCUGCUACGGCGUGGAGGGCCUCCGCUCCCACGUCCGCUCCCACGUCGCCAUGGCCGCGGCGUUCGAGGCCAUGGUGAGGGGCGACGCGAGGUUCGAGGUGGUGGCGCCGAGGCGGUUCGCGCUGGUGUGCUUCCGCCUCCGGUCGCCGCCGGAGAGACUCGGCGUCGGCGUCGGCGUCGGAGGCGAGAAGGCGGCAAACGAGCUCAACAGGAGGCUCCUGGAGGAGGUGAACGCGGCGAGCUCGGGGCCGUACAUGAGCUCCGCCAUGGUGGGUGGCGUGUACAUGCUCAGGUGCGCCAUCGGGAGCACGCUCACCGAGGAGCGCCAUGUCCGCGAAGCGUGGAAGGUUGUCCAGGAGCGGGCCACGUCAAUCCUUCGUAAACGUGGCUAAAACAUCUCGGUAGGUUUGAUCCAAAUUAAGCAUGGUUUUCUCCAAGCAGAUUGAUAAACUAUGCUUUUCGGAUUGACACGGCAAAAUAAUCCUGCUGCGUAUUAUAUUCUUCACUUAAUCUCUUGACUAAAUUAGUAGAGAGAUUAAUUGUGUUGCAUUAUUUAAAAAAAGAAUUAUAGAAUAAUUUAUAAAUAAGUAAAAUAUACCGAUUGUAUCACAA